AACAAACACAAACCUUGCGUUUGGGACCAAAGCCCAAGCUACUAAAUUUCGUGAAAGCAGGCGGGUGUGGAUUUAAGAUAGGCUUGUUUUGAAAGUGCGAACGAGAUUGUGUUACGUGGGCAUUAUCCGGUAGCGAAACGAGGACGCUGAGAAAUUCAUGUCGUCGGGUCACACACACCGGAUAGAAAUAUAGCCUGAAAUCGGCAAAAAAUUGGACCGCUUUUCCGACCCGAUCUUGGAAAUAAGUCACUUCUCAGAGUUUUGAAGUUGUACGGAGACGAACCCGAUUGUUGGCGGAGAAAAGUGGUUGGUUUACAGGGGACGAUGAGGCACUUGCUGCUGACUGCGUUCGUAGUUGCCACCGUGUUGACAGGCGGAACAUGGGCAGUUAACGAAUGUGCGAGUUCCCCUUGUGUCAAUGGAUUGUGCUCUGAUGGCGACUACGGCUUUUACACCUGCCUGUGCAAUCAAGGCUACGAAGGCGUCAACUGUGAUAUACUAAAUGGCCAAUCCCUCAAUAGUUCCUGUGGGAUGUCCUAUUCUGCGACCACGGGCAUUAUUGAGAGUCCAAACUACCCAAGCAGGUAUGGCAGGGAACUGUACUGCUUGUACCAGAUCCGGCCCCACGGCGCCAAUGAAAUUCUUGUAAACAUCACCAACUUUAACCUGGAAAACAGGAAGGACUACCUUUAUGUUGGUGUUGGCUAUGUUGCUGAUAUGAGCCAAGCUGACUGGACACUUACAAGUGAUCUGACCAGUCAGCUGCCUCAGUCCAGACUCUACAUUGCUAGGUCCGUCUGGCUUCUGUUCACCUCAGAUUUCAAUGUCCAGAGGUCAGGGUUCCGUCUGGAGUAUAGUGCUGAUGGUGAUGAUUGUUACAACUCUCCCUGUCUGAACGGUGCAACAUGCACUGAUUCAGUGCGGUCCUUUACUUGCACCUGUGCCCUGGGAUUCAGUGGCACACAGUGUGAGAUUGACAAUGACGACUGCACUCCUAAUCCGUGUCUGAAUGGAGCCAUGUGUGAUGACCGAGUCAAUGAUUACACCUGCCGAUGUGCAGAUGGCUGGAUUGGCAGGAAUUGUGAAACCAAUAUUGAUGAGUGUUCCAGCUCGCCAUGUCAAAAUGGCGGUGUCUGUUCAGACGCAGUGAAUGGGUAUGCCUGUAGGUGCCUACCUGGUUUCCUCGGUGAACAGUGCCAAACAGAUUUUGAUGAGUGUUCCAGUUCACCGUGCCGCAAUGAUGGGACAUGCAGAGAUCAAGUCAAUGGUUAUAAUUGUACCUGUGCUGCUGGCUGGGAAGGACCUAUGUGUAACAUCAAUAUCGAUGAGUGCGUCUCCAAUCCUUGUCAGAAUUCAGGAUUUUGCCGUGACGGUAUGAAUGGCUUCACUUGCACAUGUGCGUCUGGCUAUACAGGAACCCUCUGUGAUAGUGACAUUGAUGAGUGUGGCAGCAACCCAUGCCAGAAUGGAGGAACUUGCAGUGACAGGGUCAACUCAUACCAGUGUACAUGCGCACCAGGCUGGGUGGGGGAAAACUGUCAAACCAACUUUCAAGAGUGUGCCACGAUUCCAUGCAGGAACGGUGGAACGUGUGAAGAUGGUGUCAACACGUAUAGGUGCGUGUGCCGAGCGGGAUACACUGGCCAAAACUGCGAACAGAAUAUCAAUGACUGUGCCCCUAACCCCUGCAUUAAUGGCGGUGCCUGCUCCGAUGGUGUCAACAGCUACAGAUGCACCUGUGCUCCUGGGUUUGAGGGAGAUCAGUGCCAGGAUAAUAUCAAUGAAUGCAUUGGCAACCCUUGCGGUAAUGGUGGUACAUGUAUAGAUGGAGACAACAGCUUCAGCUGUAUGUGCGCUGAUGGGUUUGAGGGAAUUCGCUGUCAGAUGAAUAUUGAUGAAUGUUCCCCUGAUCCGUGUAUGAAUGGUGGCACAUGCAUUGAUCAAGUCAAUGGAUACGCUUGUCAGUGUUCUCGUGGAUAUACUGGAGAUCAUUGUGAAAUUGAUAUCAAUGAGUGCGACAGUGAUCCAUGUGCGAAUGGUGGAACUUGCAACGAUCUUCCCAACAUGUACACGUGUGUUUGCCUGUCUGGAUUAACAGGGCCUCGCUGUCAAACAAAUAUCAAUGAAUGCAGCAGCACGCCAUGCCAGAACAGUGCUUUCUGUGUUGACCUCAUCAAUGGCUAUACAUGCAACUGCAAUCCUGGCUACACUGGUCUACACUGUGAGACAGAUAUCAAUGAGUGUGCCAGCGGCCCAUGCGUUAAUGGUGUGUGCAACGAUGACGUGAACCGAUUCACGUGCACUUGUUCGGAUGGCUGGGAGGGUGCACUUUGUGAUCAAGCCAUCGAUGAAUGUCGUUCCUUCCCGUGCCAGAAUGGCGCCACUUGCGUAGAUGGCCACAACUCCUACACCUGUGAGUGUGCACCGGGAUGGGAUGGGAUCCACUGUACUGGCAAUGUGAACGAGUGUAUCCCGGACCCCUGCCAGAAUGGCGGUCAGUGCUUUGAUCUUAUCAACAUGUACCGCUGUGACUGCCAGCAGGGAUGGACUGGAACUAACUGUGAAAUGGACUUGAACGAUUGCGCCAGCAUUCCUUGCUUGAAUGACGGCACGUGCAUGGACAUUCUGAACGGCUUCACCUGCACCUGUGUACAGGGAUGGGAGGGCACCAACUGCGAGAGAGACGUGGAUGAGUGUGCCAGCAACCCCUGUCAGAAUAGCGGACAGUGUAACAAUCGGCUGAACAGAUAUGAUUGUACAUGCUUGGCUGGUUACUCUGGAGUUCACUGUGAGACAGACAUUGACGAGUGUGUUAGUAAUCCAUGUGAAAAUGGCGGCACUUGUCAGGACCAGCGGGCUGGAUAUGUCUGCCAGUGCCCACCUGGUUACAGUGGCAUCAACUGCCAAACUGACAACAACGAAUGCAGUAGUUUACCCUGCCGCCAAGGUUCGACCUGCCAGGACGGGAUCAACUCAUACACUUGCGUGUGUGCUGCUGGCUUCGCUGGCUUCAACUGCGAUGUAAACUUUAACGAAUGCUCCAACAGUCCCUGUCUCAACGGCAUGUGCAUUGACGGCUUCAAUGAGUAUUUCUGCAACUGCUUUCCUGGGUACACUGGUGACAACUGUGAAAUAGACAUUGACGAGUGCAGUAGUGAUCCUUGCUUCAAUAAUGCUACAUGUUUUCAAGGCAGUAAUUCUUUCACAUAUUUCUGUUCUUGUCCAAUGGGAUACACCGGCACCAACUGUGAAAUAGAUAUAAAUGAGUGUGUGAGCAUGCCUUGCCAGAAUGGUGGCACCUGUCGCAAUGAAAUCAAUGGCUACAGCUGCACCUGUGCACCGGGCUUUGCUGGAGAUAACUGCAGAUUCAAUUUUAAUGAUUGCCAGAGUCAACCGUGCCAAAAUGGCGGCAUAUGCACGGACGGGGACAACGCUUAUAACUGUCAGUGCCUAAGUGGUUGGCUUGGCGACAACUGUGAAAUUGCUAACGAUGAGUGCUUGAGCCAGCCAUGUAUUAACGGAGGGACUUGCGUGGACAUCCAGAAUGCCUUCAAUUGCAUGUGCGCAGCAGGCUGGACAGGAGACUUUUGCGAAACAGACAUUGAUGAAUGUGCGAGCAGUCCGUGUGCAAAUGGUGGCACCUGCACACAUGCAACGGAUCGGUUCUUCUGUCGCUGUCCGGCAGGCUGGACAGGCACUACCUGCAGUGUAGAAUCCUUUGAAUGUGCCAGCAACCCUUGCAUGAAUGGAGGUAUCUGCUUCGAAGGCCAUAAUGCCUUUUUCUGUCUGUGCCAAGCCGGAUACACUGGUGUCACGUGUGCAACCAAUAUGAAUGAGUGCAGUAGCAAUCCAUGUGAGAAUGGUGCUGAGUGUCAAGACCUUAUCAAUGGAUACAGCUGCACAUGCGCACCAGGCUAUACAGGGGACAACUGCGAAACAGAUAUCAACGAAUGUGCCAGUUCCCCAUGUGUGAAUGGUGGUGAAUGUGACAAUGGAAUCAACUUCUACACAUGUCGCUGUACCCCUGGAUGGACCUCCACUAACUGUGACCAGGAUUAUGAUGAGUGUAGCAGUAGCCCAUGCUUGAAUAGUGGACUCUGCAGCAAUGGGCAGAACCGGUACACAUGUACCUGCCAGGUUGGCUGGACUGGAAUCCGAUGUGAAACAAAUAUGGAUGAGUGUGCCAGUUCACCGUGUCGUAACGGAGGCACCUGCAUGGAUCAAGUCAGUGGCUUUUCAUGUAUGUGUCGCCCUGGCUUCACUGGGUCCAUGUGCCAAGAUGAUAUUGAUGAGUGUAUGUCAAGUCCAUGUCAAAACAAUGCCACCUGCAUCGAUAAUAUCAACCUGUACCUGUGUCAAUGUGCACCUGGCUGGGCUGGACUUAACUGCCAAAUCGAUAUCAAUGAGUGUGCUAGUAAUCCCUGUGUGAAUGGAGCGUGUACCAGUCAAGUCAAUGGUUUCCAAUGCAAUUGUGUGCCUGGGUACCAGGGAGUCAGAUGUGACUCGGAUAUAAAUGAAUGUGGCAGUAACCCCUGUCGCAACCAGGCUACGUGCCUGAAUCAACUCAACAUGUUCACCUGUCAGUGUGGUCCUGGUUGGACUGGAGUGACCUGUGAGACAGAGCUGGAUGAGUGUAGCAGUAACCCCUGCCUGAAUGGAGCCACCUGCGAAAAUGGCAUCAAUCGCUACCAGUGUAACUGUGCCCCUGGUUUCUACGGGACCAGAUGUGAGAGUGAAUAUAAUGAAUGCAUCUCCAAUCCCUGCAUCAAUGGAGGUGCCUGUGUGAAUGACAUCAACAUGUACACCUGCAAUUGUGUCAAUGGCUACACUGGGCUGAAAUGUGAAAUACCUAUCAAUGAGUGUGUAAGCAGUCCCUGCCUGAAUGGUGGGACGUGCACUGACGGUGACAGCUCAUACACCUGCACCUGUAUCACUGGCUUUGAGGGGACACAUUGUGCGACUGAUAUUGACGAGUGCGCCAGCAACCCUUGUAGCAAUGGGGCCACCUGCAUGGAUCAAAUCAAUAGAUACAGGUGUCUGUGUGCACCUGGCUGGACUGGGGUCAGCUGUACUACAAACAUCAAUGAAUGUGCUAUCAACCCCUGUAUCAAUGGAGGCAUCUGCGAUGAUCUCAUUAAUGGUUACGAGUGCAGAUGUAUGGCAGGCUGGCAGGGCAUCAACUGUAAUGAAGACGUGGAUGAGUGUGCAGGAAUGCCUUGCCAGAACGGCGCUUUCUGCGUCAACGGUCGCAACAUGUACACAUGUAACUGUGAGCCGGGUUACACUGGAGCCAAUUGUGACAUUGACAUUGAUGAGUGCGGCAGUUUUCCCUGUCAGAACGGUGGCAAUUGCAACGAUAGUGUCAACUUUUAUGAGUGUCAGUGUGCCGCGGGAUAUACAGGAUUCAAUUGUCAGAUAGAUAUUAAUGAGUGUGCCUCCAAUCCCUGUGCCAACGGAGCAUGCAACAACUUGAUUGGUAUCUACACGUGUUCCUGCAAUGCGGGCUGGACGGGAACUAAUUGUGAUGAAGAUACGAAUGAGUGUAUGAGCAACCCCUGCUUCAAUGGAGCCACAUGUGACGACCUUGUCAAUAGCUAUCGCUGCCUGUGUGCCCCAGGCUGGUCUGGACUGCGCUGUGUUAUGGAUAUUGAUGAGUGUGAGUCCUCACCAUGUCGCAACGGUGGUGCAUGCUCCAACCUUGAGAACCGCUACGAGUGUAUCUGUCUGAGUGGCUUCACGGGUGACAACUGCCAAAUAUCCCUUGAUAGAUGUGACAGCUCUCCAUGCCUCAAUGGCGGCCUGUGCUACAGUGAAGUCAAUGGCUUCAUAUGUACCUGCAAGGCUGGCUUCACGGGACAAAACUGUGAAACAGAAAUUAGAGAGUGUGACCAGGACCCCUGCCGCAACGGUGGGACAUGCAUCGAUGGCUUGGACUCUUUCACUUGUGUCUGUCCGUCGGGCUGGACCGGCUCCGUCUGUGACUCUAACAUCAACGAGUGUUUCAGUCAACCCUGCGAGAAUAACGGUGUCUGCAAUGAUGAGAUCAAUGGGUUCAACUGUGCGUGCCCUGAUGGCUACACUGGAUCACUCUGUGAGAUUGAUGUGAUGGAAUGUGCAAGUAACCCAUGUGUCAAUCAGGCCACGUGUUUGGAGAACUUUAGAAUGGCAGGGUACCAGUGCUUCUGUCAUCCAGGCUUCACAGGCAUCCACUGUGAAAUAGACAUUGAUGAGUGUUCAUCUAACCCAUGCAUGAAUGGUGGAAUCUGCUUUGAUGGGAUCAAUGAGUUUACCUGUACAUGCCCCACUGGCUGGACAGGAGCCGUCUGUGAAACAGCCAUCGGCUGCCGGAAUAACUUCACUGUCCCUGUGGAUGGCAAGAUUGAGCUGCACUCCCCCAACUACCCCUCCAACUACCGCAACCAGGAGGAAUGUCGUUGGUACAUCCACAGCGGCGCCCCUGGCCGUACACUGACCAUCCAGAUCUUGGACUUCAUUACUGAGAACCGCUAUGACACGCUGAAGAUUGGGCUUGGGGAUAACAUCCUAGACCAGGGCACGGUGCAGGUAGAGGCCUCAGGAACCGGAAGGCCUGACGGUUUUUACACCAAGAGUAAUAUGAUGUGGAUUACUUUCUUCACCGACUCUGAGAAAACGGAGAGAGGGUUCUCAAUUGAGAUUCUUGACGAGGGAUACACAGAUGUGUUACCAUGCGACAGGGAACCAUGCAUAAAUGGCGGCACCUGCUCUAACGGAGAGAACAGUCUUUUCCUUUGCACUUGCACUGAAUAUUGGAUGGGCCUUAACUGCCAGACACCAACGGAGUUGAACAAGUGUGGCAACAACCCAUGUCAGAAUGGCGCGCCAUGUACAAACUCUGGAACGGACUACUCCUGCGACUGCCCCACUGGAUUUGUAGGCAAAGACUGCGAGCAAGAUAUUAACGAGUGUCAGUCCAAUCCAUGCAUGUACGGAGGGACCUGCGUGGACCUUGUGGGCCAUUUCGCCUGUAUCUGCCCACCUGACCACGCUGGGGAAACCUGUGAAAAUGCUCCCCAGCCUGCUUCCUGUGAUAUCAGCUAUUGCAUGAGUAACGGCGUCUGCACCUACUUCAAUGACACAUACACAUGUACCUGUGAGAAUGGCUAUGGUGGGAAGUACUGUGAGAUUGAUUACGACCCCUGCCGCCGUGCCCCUUGUAUGAACUCGGGCAUCUGUCACAACGUGACAGGGAGUCCUGGAGGAUGGAACAGCUUCAUCUGCGAAUGCCUUGAUGGAUUCAUCGGAUCCCACUGUGAUAUACAAGAGACUACCGAUUGCAUCUAUGCCAACCCAUGUGCUGCCGAGGCUACCUGCCAACAUUCCAAGGGAGAGUAUACGUGUUUUUGUCCGCCAGGCUAUGACGGCACAUUCUGCCAAAAUGAUAUUGAUGAUUGCGCUAUAACCAACCCCUGUAAUGGCAAUGGUGUCUGCAUUGACAGAGCCAAUAGCUACAGCUGUGAAUGCAACAGUGGCUUCAAUGGAGUACUCUGUGAAAACGAUAUCAAUGAGUGUGACCCCAAUCCGUGCCGUAACGGUGGACAGUGCACUAACGGCAAAAACACCUUCGUCUGCAACUGUAUUGAAGGCUUCCGGGGUGACAUCUGCAGUGUAGAAGCUAACCCUGUAGCCUCUGACCCGACCUACACCUGGAUGGGUAAUCGUAUCAGUCUGCCACCCUGGGUGAUUGGUAUCCUGGCUGCACUGGUAAUCCUCAUCAUCUUCCUGGUCCUUUUGAUGCUGGUCCGAGGACGCCGCACCCAACACCGUCGCCAGAGUGCCAAGUAUGAUACUGAGCUGGCCCAAGAGGAGCGUGCCAAGGGCCUAUCCAACACCCAGAUGGAUGAUCCUAUACCCAUCCUGGAAGAUGACGAUGGGCGUCCAUUGACCAGAGAGAAUGAUUAUGGCUUCAUACCGCCUGCUGGUCAGGGGUCUACAGUGGCCGAGAUCAACAGCUAUGAGAAUCCCUGGCCCCAAAGUACCGAGGAUUUCUCAACGGAUAAGCUACAGAAGACUCACUUGUGAUCUGUCAAUCAGCUGCGUGCUCUUGCCCUUGCUCCUCCCACCUCUCGCAUCCUGUUAGCAUGUCACUAAUUAGAAAGUGGUGUUUACUUAUAAAUGUGUAUAGAGAAUAGUCCUUUGAUUUUUAUACAGAAAAGAAUGUAGGCUGAAAGCUGGCGUGGUGUAUUAUAAAAACAAAAUACAAAGUUUGUAAUUUUUCUGUUUUUGUAGGGCAAAAUCUUUGUACUAAUGGUUAUGUUAUGAUGCAUAUCAAUACGUCUUCAAUGAUGGCUUCAGCUUUUUUGAGGAAAAUCAAAAGAUACAGUAGAUUGCGAAACAGUUUCAAAUUUGGAUAUAUAAAUAAAUAACAUCCAUAAAAUAAAAAAUUAGAAAGUGCUUUUCAAAUCCGAGCAAAAGUGCGUAAAGUUUUUCCAAAAAAAAAAUAUAAUAUAGUAAUUAAAAAAAUGUUGAAAGGAGGUGAUAAUUGCAUUUCUUUUUUAUUUUGGAGAGGGAGAGCCUUGUACAGUGGGUAUUGGGUUGUAAACACGGGAGUUUGAGUGCUUGAGUGCAAAUACUUCUUUGUCUGUUUUCAAAGUUGUCUGUUUUAAAUUGUAAAAUGUUUUCAAGUAAUACAUUUAUGAAAAGUACUCAACCAAUGAGUUUGAAAGUUUUUUUAUUAAUGUAUUUACUUCAAAACAUCUUUUGGAUAAUUUUCUUAUAUUCGGUUUUUUAGGUAAGCAGUUUUAACUUUACAUUGCUUUUUUGUCUAUGGAUAAAUAUGACAUUGUUAUGAACGCCUUUGCCAAUUUAAAUUGGUUUGAAGUUAUUUGUUUGAUUUUUGAAGUUAGAAACUUUUAAAAGAAAUUUGAUCGUUUUUAAAGAAACUAUGUCUUAAAUUAGUGAUAAUUGUUUCUCAUUUGUUUAUUGUAAACAAAAAUCAUGUGGGAAUUACUGAAAAGACACACCACAUAAUUUCACUACCAUCAUGAUACGUCUUUCAACGAAAAAAAGUAGAUUUUGAUGAAAUAUGUUUUUCAGUGUACUUCAUUUGUGUGAAAAUAUCUUAGCUAUGCAAAUCUGUUUUCUUAUAAUGAUUGGUCUGAGGGUUGAUCUUCUUAAAGGGUGUCUUUCGAUUAAUUCUAAAUAAAAAAGCAAUUAUUGAUGCGGUAUUCAGGGUAUUUUUGAAGUAGAAAAUGACUCGCAUUGCAAGGGCAGAACAAUGAAAGAAAUUGUGUCCAUGCAGACUUUGAAGAUUAACCUAUUAAUGCAAUGCGUGUCAUUAAAAAUAGUACCAGUAUGAAAGUAGUGCCUUCUACAGUAGAUCUUUCAAGUACUGUGUAAAAGCAAUAUACUGAUGCAUAGAUUAUUUGUAUUGUAAGGCUUAUUACAUAUUUAGGAACUAAUAAUAUGCAUGGUACCCAGUUUUCAUGCAUAUGUGAGUGGUUUGAUGUAUAAAGAAGAGUUACGUUUUAAAAUCUGUGAGGGAAAGAAAUUUUACAUUUGUUUUAUCUGUAUGUUAGUGUAAUGAUAAGAAAGUAAAUAUUCAGAUAUGGAACUUUUUAUACAAUUCUGAUUUGUCUAGAUUCAUGUACAUGUAGGUAGCAAAUGUUACAAAUUGGACUGUAAAACAGAUAAUUUUUCGAUGGCAUAUCAAGCAGAGGGAGCUUCAAGGUAAAAAACAAAAUGGGGAGAAAAUAGCAAAAAAAGCUCUUCAGGAUAUUCACCAACCUCCUAAAUGACAGUUGGUGUGAUCAUUUCAUGUCUAAGUUCAGAUUUAGACUAUUUUUUGGCAAAAAGGCUGUAAAGCAGGGCGUAGACUAAAAAGGCUGAAUACAUUUGUUUUCCGGAGACUAAUAGAUUUAAUUCAAGCGGACGUUUCAUGGCACUUGAAGGAAGGUACAUGUACAUACAUACCCAGUAGUCAAUUUUGCAUUAUAUUUGUAAUAAACUUGCAACGCAUAAUU